GCAGCUGCCAUUUUCUCAGCGUGAAAGAAGAGAGAAGCGAGUGAGAGACAUUAUGGCUCCAUUAUUCCAUCAAAUGUUGUGACAACAUGCCCCAUACUGUUCAAAAGAAAUGCAUUUUCAAUCCUGAAGAAAACUGGGGUGAUAAGAGUGAAAACUAACUCUAUUGUCUCCUCUGUGGUGAUACUGAAAGUAAAUAUGAUGAACUAUUAAUAGUGCUGUUAUCAGUGUGAUUCUGAACUCCUGUGGCAUUCACUGCUCAGCAAAUAUCUGCAGUCUCUGCUGAAGGUGAUGACUCAUGAUGUACAGAGAACGACUCUGAAGGAGCGAGGAAAAAUUCGCCAAGCAGCUCGGCGGAUCUGGUGUUUGUUUCAGUUUCUUUCCCAUCCCUGACGCAGAAGAGCGGAUCCGUGAGCAGAGAAUGACGGCUCUGAGCAGACUGUGUGCAUUUUGGUGUUGUGUGUUUGCUGUCCUGUCCUUAACAACAGCUGAGGAUGCAGAGAAACCGGCGGCCGGACGAAAGUCUCGUCAGGCAGAAGAGGAGGCGCUUGAAGGAGUGUGGGGUCCAUGGAGCGAUUGGGCGGAGUGUUCUCAGAGCUGUGGAGUGGGCGUGUCUGAGAGGCGGAGACAGUGUAUGCCGCCUCCCCAAACCCCACCUCUUAUGUGGAACCGACCGGCUUACGUUCCACCAGGUGUCCCGAACAACACCCCUGUGAUUUCUGCGGUAAGACCCUACUACAACUCCUUGUAUCCCGUCAACGAGCCCCCUCCAUUUGGAACAGGGGGCGCUGGGAGGUCUCCAUACUUUUCCCCGCCUCUCCAAGCCAAUCCAAAUCCUGGAUUACCGCUCUACAGAAACGAAGCCGCUGGUGUUGGGUCAGUGCAGUUCGGCUCACCCAAUCAGGAGCCGGUUUCAGUAUACCGUUCACCUUCCUCAUCCGCUUCACUUCCCUACGGGAGAGUUCCCGCACGGCCGCCCAAUCACGGCAGAGCUGUAGGCAGUGGGAGCAGGAGGUCGGUUUCCACCAAUAGGAAUCCAGCAUCUGUAAGAAGGUCUAGUUCUUCUAUUCGUCCCGGACAGUUUGGGUACGGCAGGGUGCCGUUCUCUCUUCCCUUACACAGACAAAACCGUCACGCUCGACACACACACCGCCACAACACCACCAGCACAAACAGUCUGGAUGCUCUCAGUGUGAACUCCAGCGCACCUGUGGAUAAAACACAGGGAGAAGAGGGACUAAUGAUCACAGACACCGUUAAUAGAGAACCAAAGGAGAAGGAAAAGAAGACGGAGGCAGCAGACGUGGAGAGUGAUGUGGCAGCCGAGAAAACAAGUGACGGAGAGCCGCACAGACGCAUGGAGAGAGUGCGAGAACACGAGCGAAUCACACAUACACAGCCCCUGACCCAGAGACAUGUGGCCCGCGACAGACGCAUCGAUGGACGCUCUUCUCGCCAAGUCCCACGCUCCUACACACACACUAUCCAGCGAUCACACACUCCCAGAGAGCCUCCUCCCUACGGCCUCCAGACUCCCACAAACCCCAACCCCGAGCCCUGGGUCCUGCAGAACGCCGCCCAGCCCUCCAGAAACGAAGCUGAGAGGGACGCCCACAACUACAGAUGCUCCGGACGGGACACAGAGCACCGCAGGUGCAGCCUACAGGCAUGUCCAGGUGCUCCAGUAAGCUCCAGGGCCGAGCAGUGUGCAGCGUUCAACAAUCAAGAGUUUAUGGGACGCGUGUAUGACUGGGAGCCUUUCACAGAAGUGGGUCUGGAGCAGCAGUGUGAGCUGACCUGUCGACCGGUCGGGUAUCGUUUCUACGUGCGACAGGCAGAGAAGGUACGAGAUGGAACGCCCUGCGCAAAUAACACACCCAACGAUGUGUGUGUGGGAGGACGCUGUCUGAGCGAGGGCUGUGACGGUGUGUUGGGCUCAGGGUUGGUCCGGGAUCGCUGUGGCAUGUGCGGCGGGGGAGACAGCACCUGUGAGAGGGUCACAGGAAGUUUCCUGAACACCAGCGUCCCACUGGGCUACCACAAGAUCCUGAACAUCCCACCCGGAGCCACGGCCAUCAACAUCACUGAGAGACGAGCCAGUCCCAACUAUCUGGCCCUGCGCAGUGGAACGGGUCAGUCAGUGGUGAACGGACGCUGGGCGGUCGAUCCUCCAGGAGAAUAUCAGGCUGGAGGAACCACCUUCCUGUACAGCCGACCCAAAUCUGGGCCUCAAGAGCAGGGAGAAGAGAGAGGAGAAACCCUCAGCGCUCCUGGACCCACAACAGCCCAGCUGCAGCUAUACAUUAUUUUCCACAGGCAGAAUCCAGGCAUAGACUAUGAAUAUUACAUCCCAGUGGAGAAACUGCGGGACGGAGAGAGAGAAGUGCACAGAGAGAGAGACCGAGGACGGGGAGCGCUCCGAGAAAUCAGUGGCUUCUCAGUGGAAGUGGAGAAUCCUAUUGCUGCUCCUCCUGUGUCGUCUUCUGCCUCCUCACCUCCAUUUUCAUUCCCUUCCUCCUCAUCUUCAUCAUCGUCUUCCUCUGUAUCUGAUCGAUGGCCACAAGAGAGGCCCCGCCCACAGGGCUUAGGACCCAAUCGGAACGCUCGAAUCCCUCCAAGAACGGACCUCCCAUUGGACAAUCAGCCUGCGUUCGUGUGGCGAAGGGGUGCGCUGACAGAAUGCACUGCUACCUGCGGAAAAGGCUUUCAGUACAGAGAGAUUGUGUGUGUGAGUCGACACACAGAACAGGAAGUCCAUGAGAGGAGGUGUGACUCUGCAACCAAACCUGCGCCGGAGGAGGAACCGUGUAACGUUCAUCCCUGUCCACCGUUCUGGGAUAUGGGUGUGUGGUCGGAGUGCAGUGUCUCCUGUGGCUGGGGUGUGCAGCAGCGUCACAUUCAGUGCAGGCAGAGUUUUGGGAAUCGCUCCACCAUGGUUCACCCUCAGCGCUGUGCCAGUCUCAGCCGCCCCAACGCCACGCAGCCCUGCCACCCACACGUCUGCUCGCACUGGGAGAUCAGCACCAACUGGAGCACGUGCUCAGUGGAUUGUGGACUGGGAAAGAGAUCCCGGAGCGUGCGCUGUGUCAGUGACCAUGGCAACACUGUGAGUGACAGGGAGUGCAGUGACAGGCUCCGCCCACAGCACACCGAGGACUGUCACAUGGGUCCUUGUGUCACGAACUGGUACUUCACGGACUGGACAAACACUUGCUCUGCGACGUGUGGGCCGGGCGUCCAGCGGAGAGAGGUGGUGUGUUUGACCGUCGGGAGAGGAGACAGAGAAGUGAAGUGUGCGGGGGAGAAACCGGCUGAUAUGAAGGCCUGUAACGGGGGCCCCUGUACACCCACCCACCUCUGGUACACCGGACCCUGGGGACAGUGUAACGCAGCGUGUGGAAGCGGCACCCAGCGCAGGGACAUCAUCUGCGUGAGGAAGACAGGAAGUGACUUCACCGUGAGCGCUGCCAGUGAGUGCUCACACCUGGAGAAACCGUCUCCCGUGCAGCCAUGUGAGCUGCAGCCCUGCACACCGCAGUGGUUCACCACCGAGUGGAGCGCGUGCUCUCGGUCCUGUGGUGAAGGGGUGCAGACGCGGGAGGUGCGGUGUCUCACUGCUGACAAACAGCACAACACAGCCUGUGAUCUGGACUCAAGACCAGCCCAUGAGCGCUCCUGCAACACCAUACCCUGCAGUCCCUUCGAAGAUGAGAACUGUAAGGACAGAAGACAUAACUGUGUAAUGGUGGUCCAGGCUCGACUCUGCGUCUACUCUUACUAUAAGAGCGCCUGCUGUGCGUCCUGCACCCAGAGUGCUCAGCGGGCCAAGAGACAUUAACCCUGCACAAGCCACAGACACGUCAGCUUCAGAGAUUCACCACCAGAGCCAGAACUCAGCCAAUCACAGUUCUCUCAGAGGAAACAGCCAAUCAGACGCCAUUCAGGUUCAAAAGGAAUUCCAAAAGAGAAUUCCAACUUGAGAUCAGGAUCCCUUUAAAGUUUGAAAAUGUUAACGCAUAUGGACUCAUGGGCUCAAAUGAUUGACAGUAGCUCUUUCCCCAUUGGUGAUGAGUGUUUAGUACACUAUCCUGUCAAAUACUCAACCAUUCCAGGUUUAUUUGUGUGACUGAGGUAUGAUAAAACAAGCAGAUUAAAAUUAUAUACUUAUUGCAUAAAACUUGUGAGCAGCGAUACAUUUUUACAUUAAAAAAAAAAAAAAAAACCUUUGGCCUUGUCUCAGUCCCCUAAAUGGCCCAUAAGAUAUCAGUACUUCAGAAAGGACAUACAUAUUCCAGCAUAAGUGCUCAGAUUGUCUAAAAAUAGCACACUUAGUGCUGACAGUCAGUCCUACAGAUCGUAUUUGAGUGCAGUGUGAACAGAAACCUGUAAAUCUACUAUGAAUCUAGUUCAUCAUUAAGCUAUAAAGAGAAGAUUAGCAUCAUGAUCAGCUCUCUUUAUUUGAUUCAGUCUUUAUUUCUUUAGGUUGGUUUUGUCUGAAUGUAUAUCAGUCCUUUUAGUGUUUCAUGUUUUUGUCAUUUUUUUGUGUGACACGUUUUUAGUUUUUGCUGUUUAUUGUUAUUUCUGGCUGUUUUUAUUGGUUCCCAUAUUGUAAAUUUAAGAAAAAGUUCACCCAGAAAUGUAAAUGUGCUCACCUGUCCAAUAUAAGGAGAAGUUUGUUUCUUCAUCAGGUUUGUAGAAAUGUAGCAUUGCUUCAGUGUGUCAUCAAUGGAUGCUCUGCAGUGAAUGGGUGCCGUCAGAAUGAGAGUCCAAACAGCUGAUAAAAACAUCCCAAUAAUCCACAGCACUCCAGUCCAUCAGUUAAUGUAUUUUCCUUAAUUGCAAAUAUUUUAAGUUUUAAGCAUAUUUCUCUUCUGGUUCAGAUGAGAUGGACUUUUUCACUGGAGGAAGCAUCAUUAUGAAUCAAUGGUUUGAAGUUAAAAUGUUAUUAGUCUCCAGAUGUUAGUUAUUGUGGUGUUUUUAUCAGUUGUUUGGACUCUCAUUCUGACAGUAUAGUGAAUUCAGGCGAAGUCAGGUACAAUGCAAGACCACUGCCUUGGAUCAAACUGAGAUUAAAAUACUCUCUAGUGUUAGAACAUGUGAGAUUUCCAAUUAACAUUUUAGUAUAUAAAUACAGUCAGUUGUGUGUUUGUGUGUGUUCGUGUGUGUGUGUUCGUGUGUGUGUGUGUGUGUGUGUGUUUCAUGUCUGAGAGUUUAUGUAUAUUAUGUAUAUUAUCAUGUACGUUUAGACAGGUAGCAUAUAGUCUUUAGAAGAAUAAAAAGAUGCUUUAUAUAUAAAACAGGAAACAUAGCUAUUUAUCUAUGAUAAAAUACAUAUAAUUUAUUUUUUUGUCUUAUAUGGAUCAGUUGUUGUCUUUGAAAAAUUCAAGAUCAACUUGUUGCUAUACAUAUAUGUCUCUUUGUUAUGGAAUAAACAGUGUGUGCAGAUCUUACAACAAUUAUUAUUCACAAUAAACAAACCUAAAAUCAGA